AAUCUUGAAUAGUGAAGAUCGUCCUUUCUCCUAGUAUUGUAGUUAUGCACAAUGCACUACAUUGUUAGACGUCUCAGAUGCCUAUCGCUUAUCUAGUAACGUAUUUGAUACUGCAGCUUGUGUUUUGUGAGAUGUUAUUAAAACUUGUAUCUCCGUAAUAUGGAGAUCAUCUGCUAAGGAAUGGGCUGCAUUAGCAAUAUUUAUCAAAGUUUUAAGAUUUCGGAGGGGUCACACCGAUCUUCCUCGCCGUUAUUUUCGCUGUCCAUGUCGGAGAUUCCGUUUGAAAAUUUAUUUGAGGAAAUAUUAAUUUAUUCUCUCUUUUCACGAUUAAAGUAUACGCGAGCUACGAAACAUUGAACUUGGCUUUUUCGCGAUCAGUGUCACUGCGAGCAGUAAUUUAAAACUAAAACAGUUGUCACUACUGGCACUUGUCCGAUAGUCCUAUGCUAUGUUUCUAUCCCUUUCACUUACAUUUGUCACGCAAUAGCUCUUGCAGUCACUCACACACAUAGUUGCUGAGUCGUGAAGAUGACUCGUACGUCAAACGAAAUGUGCAAAUAGAUAGGACUGAUGUGCGCACAUUUGGAAUUCAACAAUCUUAGGAAUGCAGGACGCAUUAGGUGUUUUGUGGGACUACUUUAUUAAUUACUCCAAUGAGGUGUUACAACUACCGUUGCAGAAUCGUGGACGCUUGGCCGGAUUAAAUUAAUUUUACAACGACCACACUGUUUAUCGCUAUCAGGUUGUUCCUCCACCUCAUCUCUAUCCUUUAGUAUUAAACGAGGAUACAGUGCCCUACAUCAGUUCUUUGCUUAUACAAAACUGUGGCUUCAUAUGAGCGUGAACGUAACAGUGCUUCACAAAAGUAUGGUUUAUGAAGUUUAGUUAUUUUAACACUGCUAGCGAACGAUGACCUAAGGCAGUUAUGAAUCGAUUUAAAUUAUCGCUGCCGGCUGUCUAGUUGGUGACCUUUUAUCGGUCCAAGUGACUUCUUGUCGAAGUUUUGGCACUAUGCCCUUCCAGAGCUACAUCCAGUCAGUUGCUGUGUCUUCCGGUGAGCAAACGACACUCGUCCCGCUAUGUGGGUGUCAGGAAGACUUCUAUGUUUUACUGUUCUUUGGAAUUUCAUAAGUGGAACCCCAGAACAACCAAACAUAGUUAUAAUUGUAGCAGAUGAUGUGGGCUGGAAUGAUGUUGGAUUUCAUGGAUCAGAUGAAAUACAGACACCAAAUAUUGAUGCUUUGGCAUAUCAAGGAGUUGUUUUGACUCGCCAUUAUACUUUGCCAUCUUGCACUCCAUCACGAUCUGCACUACUCACUGGGCGUUACCCCAUCACUACUGGAAUGCAAGGUUAUCCACUACGAGCAGGUGAACCACGUGGUGUACCACUGUCUGUACAACUUCUUCCUGAGCAUUUCAAAAGAAUUGGUUAUGCAACACAUGCCAUUGGGAAGUGGCAUAUUGGCAGCCAUAAAUCAAAUUUCACUCCCACAUACCGAGGAUUUGACUCACAUUUUGGUUACUGGUAUGGAUACAUUGGGUAUCAUAACCAUUCCAUAGAACAAGAGGUACCAAACCAUCAACCAAUACAUGGACUAGAUAUGCAUCGUGGCCUUUCAGCAGCAUGGGAUACAAAAGGAACAUAUGCCACAGAAUUGUUUACCAGAGAAGCAGUGUCCAUUAUUCAGCGUCACAAUGCCUCAAGUCCAUUACUUCUCUAUAUUGGCCACUUAGCUCCACACAGUCCACUAGAAGUUCCUGAUCAAGCAGCUGCUGAUGAAAGGUUCUCUCAUAUUACUGACCGAGAAAGGAGAAUAUAUGCAGAAAUGCUUUGGCACCUUGAUGUGUCUGUUGGUGAAGUAAUAAAAGCUCUGCAACAAUGCAAUAUGCUCAAUAAUACAGUGAUUGUGUUCAUAUCUGAUAAUGGUGGACAACCUCAUGGUAUACACUAUAAUAAAGCAUCAAACUGGCCACUAAGAGGGACAAAAUUCACUCUGUUUGAGGGUGGCGUAAGAACUGUUGCAGCUCUGUGGACUUCUAAACUAAGACAAGCGGGCAGAGUUAGUGACAUCUUUGUUCACAUUACAGACUGGUUGCCAACACUUUACAGUGCUGCAGGAGGCAAUUUGUCAGAUUUGGGGCCAGUGGAUGGGGUGAAUCUUUGGCCAUGGCUAGGAGCUAGCAAUAGUACACACAUUCCCAAAGGGCCCCCACCACGUGUUGGGAUGCUGCUCAACAUAGAUGAAAUUUUAGGACUUGAAGCAAUUAUUCAUGGCCGCUGGAAGCUUACACGUGGAUCAUUUCAUAAUGGUCAAUAUGACAGUCACUCGGAACAAACAAGUCAACAGCCCAAUGGAGCGGACUCUAUUGCAAAUGCCUUAUCAGGAUCUGCUGCACAUGCUUUAGCAUCAGCUGGAAUAUCUGGACCGACAACGAAGGCCCAAGCAUUUACAGUACGCUCCCAGGCAACUAUUAACUGCCAAAAAGAAAUGUCUUUUUUGCCUAAAAAUCUUACAGGAACACCAUUAUGUUCUAGUAACUACUGUCUCUUCAAUAUUUUUGAAGACCCAUGUGAAGUGGAGGACAUUGCUAGCAGCAACCCAACAAUAGUUACAUCACUCAUUCUGGAGCUCAAUAAAUUUAGGUCAAGACUAGUCCCACAAACAAACUGUCCUGUUGAUAUAUCAUCUGAUCCUGCUCAAUUCAACAACACCUGGCACCCUUGGCUUGAUUAGGCUACUAAGAAGAUUGGUUUUGGUUGAAAGACAAUAGAAAAGCCACAACCAAGUGAGAUAAACGUGUGUCAGAGUUACAUUGUUUCGUACAGUAGAUCUAUGAAGAUCAUUUGGUACAGCAUCUUCUGCCAGAAAAUUUAAUAUCUGACAGUUUUUUGUGAGAUUAUCAGUGACAUUAACUCAUCAGUCACAUUUGAUAAAUCAUAGAAAAGAACCUUUAGGGAUGUGGAAAUAUGCAUUAUUAAUUCAUAGACACAGUCCACUGCAGGAUACUUAUGGAAAUUAUACUAAUAACCAAUUGCAACUAAUGCUAAUCUGCUCCUGUUUAUAAUGUUGGGAAUUAUGUCCAGAUUACUAUUAGUAAAAAAAAUAGCUACUUUAUAAAGAGCCAGUGCUUUCACUCUUACACUGCUCAUUUCUGUUCUUAUCUAAUACUUCCAACUAAGCACUUGGGUAACUUCACACAGAACACUAUCAGCUGUCUAUACAUUAAUAAAACUCUGUAUAAUGUGAA